AUUUGGUCUUGUCUAUUAGUGAAAUAAUCCGAUGUUGAAGACUAGCUCUGUAGUGGAGGUCUCAAUCAUGUUUGCCCUCUGACGUUACAUGUGUUUAAGUGUGAAGAGUUUAAAUAUGUUACUGUAUUGUGAAGUCAUUCAUAUCGAGUUUGCAAUAGAGACUUUUUUCAGUCGAGAUUUUUGUUUUUAUAAAUCAUUUAAAAGAGAAAGUAUAUUGUUAAAGGAAAUAGACCAUGUCACUUGCUUUACUUCGCUGUACGUUUAAUGCAGCCUCUAUUAAAGUGAAUGGUAUGUAAGGAAGGUGGUGAUAACAGAGGCUACCUCACUCACAUUUAUAUGGAAUUCAAUAAAAAAACGAAAACAACUGUUGGCUCGUUGAAAAAUAGGUGAAUUUUGGACCAAAAACAACUGGAAAUCACAUAGUGACCAUUUUGUAACAAAGUCCUCAGAUCUUCACCUGACAUCCGACGCACGUUCUAUGUCCCAAAGCUGUUUCAAACGUAACGAUUUUGUAUCACCAUAUUAAAAGUAAUUACGGUUUAAUUAAACUGAUGGCUUAAUAAAAGACACCACAGUGAAACAUUACGUAUGCUGUUGUAACGUUACAAUAAGGUAUUGCUACCACUAAUACACCGUCGUUAAAGCAAUUGUCCCAUCACAGUUAUGCCUAUUGGUUCACUCUGCAUUAACUAUUACACCUAUUACUUAUUAAAAUGAAUUCUUUAAUGUCUAAAUUAACACGAAGUAUUUAGAAGUUGUUUAUAUUUAGAUCAUUGGUGACUGCAUUAAUCGAUGUUAAUAACGUUUAAGACUGAGUUUCAUAUAUUUUGGCCUCGCGAGCUGAAAUCAUGGUUUUCUAUUUAUAUUCUGUAACGCAGAUUUUAUUCCUCCAAAUUGAACCCUUUCAUAUUUAACCUUUUCUGCCAUCUAGUGGUCCGAUGGGACACUAGAUGGCAGAACACUUUAAGAGAAUGUUCCCUUCCUAUAUUUCGUUUUACCGAAUGUGACCCUGGGCUAAAAACCCGAGCUAAAGUCUCAAAACUUUCCUGUAGCUCAGUGGUAAGAGCAAGGUUGUGGGUUCGAUCCCAGGGGAUUGCAAAUACCUAUAUAAAAUGUAUAGGAUAAAGCAAUGGUCACCUAAAUGUAAAUGUAAAACCUAAUUUUGAGAUAAGCAUCAACGUUUGAUUUCAACUAUUAAUUUCACAAUCAUCUCAGUCUAUGACGUGACCUUACUCAGUCAAUAUUAAAUAUAUUAAGGUUAUAUUGUAUCACAUUUUCUUUACAUGAUCUUAUGUGGAAAACAGUAUCGCAGACUGUCGCACAUCUGAAUUUUGUGCCUUAUAAAGCCGUUUUGUGAAGGUUUCCUUGUUAAAAACUAACCUAUGAUUGUCUGAUGUUCAGUAUGUAACUAGUCUGUUUUGUGUUUCUUCACAAUGGCACAAACAAGAUCCUUCACUGGAUCUCUUUGAAGGAAAGGAAAUGCCACGGGGUAAAUGCAACCGUGCGUCCCGUCAUUAUUUUGUAACACACCUGCCAUUCAGAACACAACAGGUCAGUGUUGGUUUCUCAGGCUGUCCCCUCUGCAAUAUCAUCUGUGACUCUAUUGUCCAGUUCACCUCUUCUACCCAGUUGAGUGGUCAUCACCGCUAUAAAACCUCAAAAGCACAUCAAUGCCUCAAAAGGACAUCACCAUUCAAUAUGAAGCUAUUUACCAGCAUCGUGACCGUUCUAGUCUUUGUGGAUGCUAUAUAUUCAGCAGCAAUGAGAGAAGGGAGUGAAGAUUUGUUGCAUUUCCUCGACGAUGCUUUUCAAAUGAAUCUGCCUGCUGACCACCUCGAACCAACUCCGAUCACAGCUCUGCAGACAGAAAAGAUCCUGUAUUCUACAGAUCCAACAGCAGAAUGUAAAGCCCCAGAAAUAGUAACUGUUACUGAGUUUUCCAACACAACUCCCAAACCAAACUCGGCUGAAAAUACAGGCAUUGCUGAAGAGAGCUCCAUUGAGAGCAGCAACUCAGACAGUGGAUUGACUGAAAGAACAUCAACAGAGGACAGCAGAGAUGUUGAAAGCUUCAAGAGGUCACACCAAAAAUCCAAAUUGACAGAGGCCCAAAAAACAUUACAGGAACAGUAUACAAACUCAGAAGAGAGUGUCAGUAUAGACACAACUGACUUGGACACUGAAGUGAUGAAGGACACAAACAAGCAUCCCAGUAAAGUAACAGUGAUGACAGACAUCAGUAGUGAGGAAGUGAACAAACCUGAGGAGAAUGUGAGAUACCGAAGCCUUAAAACGAUAGAAAACUACAGUGCUGAGGUGAUCGGUACUACUGAGAGACAAAAAUUGGACUUGAUGAAAGAAACCCAUCCCAUAAUUCAGAGCUUGGCUGGUCAAACAAACCUCAAAGACAAGUCUGGCCAACUACAUGAAACUGACAAAAAGCAGCUGAAGACUUACAGUAGGGAAGUAGAUUUUGACAGUCCAGAGAUUGUGUACACCCCUGACAGACAGAUCAAUGAUGCUGUUAGUGAAGAACAACUUGGUGGAAGAGUGGCUAGACGAACAGUCAGAAUCAUCUCAGAUCGAUCCAACAUUAAAACCACUCUGUUGAGCAAUAACCAGACAAACAGACCUGCCGAAAAAGAGGAAUUGAAUCCCAGUUUGACCAAAGCUAAUUUAACCUCAGUGGACAACAGCACAGUGGACAACAGUACAGAAAUCUCAGGUCUGAAUCCAUGUCCUGAAAUAUCUGUUGGAAGUCCCACAGAGGAGGAGAACAAAAGUUUGGAUCCCUCUAAGGAGGAACACAAGAUCCAAAAGGACACAAUGAGCUAUCAAAUCCAGCUGAGGAAAAUGUGUCCUGGUAAAAAGAGUAAGAACAUUGAAAAACCAAAGGAACAGCUGGAUUUUGAGGGUCCAGAGAGAGUGAGCCAUGCAUGAGCUUCUGGACAACAGAAGUAGUGAGAGACUGAAGGAUCAUGUGCCCGUUAUUGUGUAGAGAAUAAAUUUGCAGACUAGUUACUUGCUUUUAGAUUGUGUCAGUGUGUAAUUUUAAUUUUAGCUUGUCUUUUUGUUUGUUUGACAUUUGAUUUAAAUAAAUAAUCAAGUAAUCUCA